ACACACUUUUGGUAUUUUUUUGCACUCUUGCACACUUUUGCACUGUGAUAAUCAGAUAAUGGAGCUAUUUUUUCAGUUGCGAUAAUGUCAUCACGAAUAAUCUUGAUUCCGAACGUGAUCAAAUGAAUUUUCCACCAUUAUUUCGUAAGGUUUUAGUCGUUUCAUGUGAUCUUUAACGUCGCUUUCGCUUCUUGUAGAGCGUCCAUGUUUCGAGCGAUGUUCAGCGGUUUCUGAGCAAUGAACAACACCACCAUGAAGCAAGUGUUCGACGAUUUGGAAUCGAAUAAUCCGGAGUUGGUGGAGGCAUUCAAAACGAAAAUCAGAGAGCAGUUCAGAAAAACUAAUGAUCCAUGGCUAAUGAACGGGGUUUACGAUUACCAUUUGAGAACUCAGUCGCAGAGAGCUGUCGAUGUGCUGGCGAAUGUGAGCGAACCUCAUGACGGAUUUUUUCUCAAAAAAAUGGUGGAGGGAUUAAAAGGUCCUACUACGAGGUUGCAACAUCUUUCAUUACUCGGUUAUUUAGUGAGAAGAAGACCUAUGUGGAUUUAUAAGAUCUUUCAGCACGAAGUUUUGGCUCAAUUAUUAUAUAUUUUAAAAGUUGAAAGCGAAAUUGUUACUAUCGUAUCGGCGUUAUUAAUUUUAAACAUACUGAUUCCAUUGGUGCCUAUUUCGGUCGGAUCGAUAUUGCCAGAUAUAUUCAGCGUGUUCAGCAAAUUGGCUGCCCGGAAUUGUAACUCGAAUAAUUAUCAGGAUGCUCAACUCGUACAUCUGCAAAUUUCGCUUUACACGUUAUUUCAUCGCUUGUACGGAAUGUUUCCAAAUAACUUUAUUAAUUUUCUACGUAAGGAGUACAUGACGAACGAAACGUAUCCUGUAUUUAGUCACACCGUCAAGCCGAUGCUCGACACGGUACGAGUUAAUCACUUGUUGAUCACCGGUGAUGAGAACUGGGAGAAAUCAUCGGAAAGGUGGCGUAAUGUCGAACCUCACGAUAUCAUCGUUGGUUGUGCUAAUUUAUUGAUGAAUGGCGGAAAUUCGGGCUCUAAAGAGUUCAAUCAACGAAAUGUUUACGAACCAAAAGCUGUCUUCAAUUGUGGUGAUCUGUUAGGCGUUGUGAAAGUGACCGGAAAGCAAACCGUGGCUGAGUAUUGUAAAGAACUUGGUAAAGGUGCCGAUGAUCCUACUCUGUUGAGUCCAAGUGUCAGAUUUUUAGAAAACAGACCACCGGAAUCGGUUCCUGCUCAAAUACCAUUAACACCUAUAAUUCGAGGGUUUGAAGUAAGCUCACCUUAUUCGGAACAUGAAGGUUCUUCGCCCCCCGAAGCAGCUGUAGAAGCGACGCCGGAAACGACACCAAUUCGGGAAUGCCUGACAACGACGAAUGCUUCUGGUCUAUUUUCCGCAGCUGGUCGUCCGUUGGCUUCUUUUAUCAAAGACCAUAUACAGCAAGGUGCUAUAGUUCCUAUGAGCGAGCGUUCUUUCCCUACCUCGCCGAUCAAAAAAGACUCACCGACUGUUCGUCAUUCUGCUCCGGAAAUCAUAUUGCAUGGCUCGCAAUUGACGUCGUCUCGUAAAAUCAAUAUGCUGUUAACUGAUCGUAAUCAGGCUAGUGACCCCAAUAACGUAAUCGAGUUGAAACCAAUCGUCAGUGACGCUGCUAAAAACACAAAUGAUCUCAUUAGUGAAAACCGUACACAAUCUGUGAUCUCAUCGGUGAAUACUUCCAAGUCCGUGAACUGCGUUAGUGAUAGGAAAGAAAAUGGUACCGCCAGUGUGGAAAAAAGCGACGUUGCUCCAGACUCAGUCGAAGAAUUCGACCCUUGCGCUUUGGAAAAAUCCGGAUCUCCUUGUUCUUCGGGCGGUUUGCAUAUGCCCGAUCAAAAAUUAAUGGGUAAUUUCGCUCUAUACAUGCAGCAUAUGCGGCAUCGACAACACAGUCAAUGUACUUCCGAUUCAGAACGAUUUAGCCCCAGCAAUAGUCCUCAAGAUCGAGUGAAUUAUUUCAAAAAUUCUAAAGUACGUAGAACAAACAGCUGUCCGGAAAUGAAGAAGGAUAGUCCGAAUUCGACGACGUUAUCUUCCGAUAGCCCUGUACUAGAAGAACGAGACGAAAACGAAGAAUUCUACGAUAACAAAAAGUAUAUAUCAACGCGCCGAAAAUCGAAAAAAUCCACCCCAACGAAAGUUACCGUCGAAACGCAAACCGAAGACUUGCCUUCGCAGCCACAAUACCCUUACGAGCAUCUAUUCUUAGACGUGUUCCCACCGCUGCAUCCUCCAGCGGAUGGGCAAUCAUCGCCUACUGCAAGUGUGAACUCGCUGGAAGAACGAGCUCCGUUGGCUAAAGUUUUUGAGAAAGUCAAUACACCCAGUAAAUUACUUCAGACAUAUAUCGAUACCGCGGCGUCAUGUUUUGACGAUAGAUUAGCUAUACGUGAUACGUCUAGACCGCCAUCGAUAGGUGAGGUUUUGGAGAAUAAAUAUUUAUUGGAUCAGUUGAGAUUGAUGGGUGUUGCUUUGCAACUCGAGGAACAUAAACGUGAAGUGCACGCGGAACGAAAUCGACGUCUUUUACCUCGAUCUAGACGGAAUAAAACACUCGAAGAGCAUAAUAAUAUUUUGAUAGCUCAAGUGACAGAUCUGCAGAAACAAGUAAAACACUGUCAGGAAGAAGUAACUAAAAUCAUACACGAAAAAGAAGCUCUGAUUGAACAAGAAAAACGCAACUGCACGCACUGGCGCACACAAUUCGGUACCUUACAACAAGAACACAAAACUCUGACCAGCCGUUAUCAAAACGUAGAAGCGCUGCUGAAAGAGGAGAGAGAUUCGAACGAGCAGAAUCUCAAACAAUUGAACGAUACACGAGCUACGUUAUGUGAUAUUACCAACGACCUUGAGAGUUGUCGAAAAGAUGCGAUGGAAGCGAAAGAUUUACGACGUACGAUAGCCGAAUUACAGCAUGAGAUGACCAAAGCUGGUGAAUUAAUCACGCUUUAUAGAAAUCGACUCAUUGAAGCCUGUCUUCCGACCGAUGAUAAAGUAACAACCGAGAGUACGAUCCAUUCGCUGAUAGAUGAAAGGAAUAGAUUAAUGAAGAUUAUUAGCGAUCAACGAAUUUCAUUAGAAGCCACUCAGAAGACGCUUGACUUGCUGCGUAAAAAUACGAAAGAUAAAGAGAAUCAAGUUGGAGUAUUGAGUGAUGAGUCUGUAUCGUCUCAGGAAACGUUGGAAACUAUUAUCAAAGAUUGGAAGAAAAAAUACGAAGAGAUGAAGGCGUCGUACGAUCAAGAAAAAAUACGCUCGGCCAAUUUGGAAUCGCAAGUGAACCGAUGUAAAUUGCUAAUGAAAUCCAACAACACGAAAAUAGCUGCUCAGAAAGACACUGGACUUCGACGAGGACUCAUUCCGCUCGCAGAUGAUGGCGGCGGAUCAAGCGGUGCUGGAUUGAAACCUGGUCCAAGUGUUCCUAAAUCGCCGAAAACUUUCGCUCACUCUGCUUCCCAGCAGGUGAAACUGACGAAAGAGUCGGAGAAAUUCCCGUCUCCGGUUUCGGACAACACGAAUCGAUCUCGAACAAGUCCGCCGAACGAUCAAUCCAAUGAGAGAGAAUCUCCGUCGCGGGCUCAGGUUGAAAACCCACCUUCACCAGCGACAACGACGCUCGUUGGUCAAGGGUCUGUCGAUGGUGAUGGGUCUGGAUCAGGCGAUGUGUUCAAAUCUAUUGUAAAGAAAAAAGGCAGAACGGAGUGUGCCGAAACAGGACAGCUGAGACCGAUUUCGUUCACUCAGUUUGAUCCGGAGCCACCGACUAGAAAAGAAUGAUGGGCUCGACGAGUGUUUUUUAUUGUGCUCUUGUGAAUGUGAGAUAUUUUAGAUAGAAGCUGCUAGUGCUGAAGUUGCUGUAUUUCUGCGUUAAUAGACUGACUCCUGGUUAAAUAUAGUUACCAGACAGGAAACAUAGAAAUGUUGGAAUUUAUAAGUGUUUUUCCUUCUUAUAUAUUUUUUUCAUUGUACUUUUUUUUUAGAUUUUUUUUUAUAAUUAUUUUUUCUUUCUUUUUUUUCCUUCUCGUUCUCUCUAUGUUUGGUCCUACCUAAUCGUUCUUUAAUUCAGUUUUCGUUUUUUUCCACGCUGAUUUUUUUCCCCUCAUUUUCUUCAAUGUGGCUGAAAAAAUAUCUACCAUUUGUUUUAACCAUUUUUCAUUAUCGUUAUUCUUCUUACUCGUACACCUGUUCCCAAUUUCACCUCGAGUUGCAUCGGUAUCAUCAUUCUGUGGAUUAAUUUAUGUUUGUUUAAUAAUGGUACCUGUGGUUUUGUUUUUUGUUCUCUUCUACAACAAACAGUUAUUCGCGACGAAGUGCUCGUAGCAUGACUGUAAUUUAGUAACAAUUUUACGUACGAAAUGUCUUGAAUUUUCUUUUUUUUAAUAAACAUAUAUCGUUAUUUUUAACGCUUUAUUUAUCACGAAAAUAUAUACAAAAUGUUUCUUAUUAA